AUGCGUCGCGUUCAUGCUCAUGAUCGUGCAUUUCAUCUUCAAGCAUUACGGGCACGACGAGUGUCCUUGCGUACGGAACGCAGUGAUGUACAACAGCCUACUUUGAUACGGAUCAUGCCAAACAGCUCCCGAGACCUUACACCAUGGGACUAUAUUAACAAUAAUAAGAUAUUGUUCUGUGCCGAUCGUGUGAACUGCCCAAGGCACACAGUAGACUUGAGCAUAAGGACGGAAAUGGGUGACAUUGUGACGCAGCUAUUCGAAGAGUUUAAUUCGAAUGCUCGUCAAAGAGGAAGAGUACUCCAAUUCCAAAGUCUACAGUAUGGCUAUAUGCGGGUUGAACCUCGCUUCGGAGUCGACUACGUCUUGGAUAUGAUUCUAUGGUUCAAAAAGUUCCGACCGCCACAUCGAACAACUUUGUCAGUCCGUCGACAUGCUUACGUACAGCAGGUGUUCGCACCCCUGCAGGCGCUAUCUGAGAGGAACUUGAGGUCAAAUCUUCGAAGAGGCAGCAAUUUCACCGGGGAAAACGCUCACUUGCAUAUGAUUCUCCCGUUGAAAGGGCGUGCAGCAAUUUUUGCUAGGUUCGCGGGUCAUCUAAAAAAUGUGUGCGCAAGAGCUGGCGAUAUUUCUUUGGUAGUUGUUCUAUAUGCGAGCGAGGACGAACGAGAGAAUCGUGCGACCAUCGAAGAGUUACGUCAAAGUUUCGUACGAGUCGAAGUCAUCGAAAUGGACGACGCACCAUUUAGUAGAGGAAUAGCACUGAUGAAAGGUGCCGAUCGAGUUCCAGCCGAUGGACUGAUGUUUUUCACUGAUGUCGACAUGCUAUUCACCUGUGAUGCCUUGAACCGAGUCAGGCUGAACACGAUCCUCAAUGCUCAAGUUUACUUCCCUAUCGUGUUCUCGGAAUUCUCCCCCGAGAGUUGGUCCGAAAACGAUCGUCUACUUGCGGAUGCAUUCCACUACGGCCGAAGGAGAGGAUAUUUCAGGCAUUUUGGUUAUGGGCUAGCCGCUCUAUACAAGGCCGAUCUUAUUGCGAUUGGUGGAUUCGAUACGAAAAUUGAAGGAUGGGGUUUGGAAGAUGUCGAUCUGUUCGAGAAGGUAAGCUUACCCGCGCGACACCUAUCAGUCCAUUAG